AUGUCCGGCGGCCUUCGAUUGGUGGCGGUCAGUGACAUACAGGGCAACUGGGAUGCGCUAGAUUUGAUUGCAGGCCAACACAAAGCAGGCGCGAUCAUCCACACGGGCAACUUUGGUUUUUGGAAUUCCGGAACCGUUGGCCGGGCUCUGGAUGUGGGCUACUUGAAACAGAUUGUGGCGUUUCUGGAUGUCUUGCCGCAGAAGACCGUGCUUGCGCUCAACAACUUGUCCACCAUAAACGGCUCCGCGGCGCACAAGUCGGGCGACAAGCCGGUUGAACUGCCAGACUUCAAAGAUGAAUUGGCAAAGGUGGAACUGCUAUCGCACAUGGACAAGUACAUCAGCGGCGAGAAGACUCUUCCGUGCCCCGUCUACACCAUAGUGGGUCCUUUGGACGACCCCGUGAUUGUUGAAGAGGUGAUGUGUGGGGCGGUCGACAUCCCCAAUCUCCACAUUGUUUCGCAUGAUCAGGCCUACACUUUGAAAGUGCUGGAAAACGGGCCAGACGUUCAGCUUUACGGAUUGGGCGGCAACCUCAAGGUGCACAGUCUCUUUGACAACGGAUCUGUUGACGGCCGCUUGUGCGGGAAAGUCGGUGAUUUGUGGAUUACGUUGGCCCAGGUGGCACACUUAUUCUUGAACCACCAGCUGUUGCAAGAGAAUGGACCGUCCAUCAAGAUCUUCAUGUCCCACUCGCCGGUGAUCAAGACACCUUUACUCGAGCACUUGGCCAUUAUCACAGGGGCAGAUUUCACCAUCAGCCAAGGCUUGCAUUUCAAGUAUCCGGUUCUGGGCAACGGAAUGAGUUUUGUCGACAGCAUGGGCGGCUCUGCCGGCUACAUUGAAAAUUACAGGUCCAAGUUCUCGCGGCUACGGAUGAUUUUGGGCGAGCUUUGGCUCGUCAUCAAGGAUGACGUGAACCGGAUACUUGCCGCAGACACCGAAAUGAGAAAUCUUAUAGAGUUGGGGCUAAGUCUAUUUGACAAAAUCCCCGUCACCAUCGGCGACUCGACAGAAAGCAUAGUCAAAUUGACACUCGGGACUGCGGAAGAAGAAAACGCCGACGACAUGGAGGUGAGCAAGUUGAGCUUGAAGAAGAUCAACGACAUGUACUUUUCCGCAUAUUACAAUCUCUGGCACUUCAAUCUCUGCGACCACAUGAUUAAUACCGGAAUGCCAGAUCGACAGGACAUGGACAUUGAGGAAAUGUCCGACGAACGAGAAGAAGAGCCAACAGAGUUUAAUGUGAUGGUGUUCAGUCUAAGUCCCAAGGGAAACUUUCGGCUUGUGCAUUGCAACAGCCAGGGAUUCAACUUCCAAGUUCCCAAGGCAACCCCAGGCACGGAGACAGAGACUUCGGGCAACAGCUCUGACGAGGGCACCGUUCGUGCGCAAGAGUACUCGCCUGAAUACGAUGGAGAAGCCAAAACAGACCGCAGCGACGACAUCCGAAGAACAAAGGAGCUUCUCAACAGCACAUACAAGGACUACCGAGCCCGCGGAAGAGGGCGGGGCCGAGGUGCUCGCGGAGCAAGAGGCGGGAAAAGAGGACGGCCGGCCCGGUGA